AUGGGACCAUCAAAUGAUAAAAGUCUUGCCAAGUCCACUGCUUUGCACGCCAUAGACUGGCUAGAUGAACAUGACGACACGGAUGGCUACCAUUUCAAAAUCUGUGAGCCUCGCAUUAAUGACGACAGCGAAUAUCAGCAUGACUUGGCGUUCUAUCUACGUAACAUUUCACACCUGGUAGCUCUAGACGAAUUCAGGCUAACGACUGAGGAUAGCACACGCAUCGUAAAGGUACGACUUCGACUUUCCGCAGUUGCGGUUCAACAAAACAUGACUUUGGAGGCUGCUAUCCGAACCCUCUGCAAGUCCAUGAUGACUGCCGGGCCAGAAGGUGGACAAAUCUUUGUCAAAAGUCUGACGCGAAGAUCCAUCUGGGAUUCUUACAGAAGACCCCGCGAAUUUUCGAGUUUGGCGGAGGACAUCAUAACAGAAAGCCGGCCCUAUCUGUGCCCUACAUUUAUGGUUUUCGCAUUUACGGCCUUAGCCGGACUACAUGAUUGCUUCCACCUUAUGCAACAUUUUUAUGAUAUUGACCUGGAAGAGACAUUUAAUCUUCAAGAUUUUAUUAAGGAAGUCCUCCCGACCGUUAGGAUUGUACUCACGUUCUUCUCUCAAAGGACGUCAGCAGGUGAGUCUUUGGAUGAGGAGAGGGCAAAGUUCAACUAUUGCAUCCAGCACUUCACCCGGAGCUACGAUGGGGUCCUAGACCGCUUUGGAAGAGUUCAAUGGCAUAUGUCGCUUCGAGAUAUAGGCUGGAUGUACUUGGUGUGCAAUAGCCUUUGCAAAAUGUCAAAUGCGGCUUCAAGUGUCCUAGUUCUGAGAAGAGACCUUCUUAAUGAACUCAUGGGUGCCUCAACCCAAACGCAGAACGAUGCGAUCAAAGGCGGUGUAGUCGCCCUGGGGUCCCUCUGGGUUAGCGCUUCUAAAUUUUCUGCCAUUGUGGCUGCUGGCUCCGUUACUGCUGCUGCUACUGCUGCUGGCGUUUCGACUGCCGUCGCCCUUGCUGUGCCUAUUAUAGCAUGUGGUGUUGUAUUCAGGAGUGCGAUAUGGGCUUGUGAUAGUCAGGGAAAGAACAGAGAGCUUACUUCUCAGAGCAACAAGUUCCAAGCAGUCUUCAAUAUUACCACUGUAACCUGGACGAGCAUCUACCAUAUGCGCCUUGCCUUGGAAUGGUUCCGUCUUCAUGAAGGGGAAGAUCCUUCGGCUCUCCAAUUCCCUAACCCAGCGGUUCAAGGGGUGUGGCAAACAUUUAUAGACAGCUAUAAUACCGUCACUCGUGGUAACAAUGUGGGCAGUUUCGGUGUAGAGCGAUUGCUUUCUAUCUGGAUAAAUGAGCAAGUGCGCUUGUUGAGAGAACAUAGGCAAGCACUCACCACUACAUUAGCAUCCUCAUAUGGUUGGGCAGAUCAUACCGAAUUCAGUUAA